AUGGCAAGUCUUCUCAAGAAACCCUUCAAGCUUGGCCUUGUGCAGUUAGCAUCAGGUGGUGACAAAGCAGCAAAUCUAGCCCAUGCUCGAUCAAAAGUGAUUGAGGCAGCCAAGGCUGGUGCUUCGAUGAUCGUCCUUCCCGAAUGCUUCAACUCCCCAUAUGGUUGUCAAUAUUUUCCCAAAUACGCUGAGACUGUACUACCGUCACCUCCGUCCAAAGAAAAGUCACCCUCGUGGCAUAUGUUAUCCUCUGUCGCAGCAGAGACCAAGACGUAUCUAGUGGGUGGAAGUAUACCAGAGUUUGUGCCUGAGACCAAAGAGUACUUCAACACUUCAUUGGUAUUUUCACCUGCGGGAAACCUGAUUGCGACGCAUCGCAAGACACAUUUGUUUGAUAUCGACAUUCCCGGCAAGAUCAAAUUCAAGGAAAGUGAUGUGCUAUCUCCGGGCAACAAGGUGACUCUAAUCGACCUGCCAGAAUAUGGUAAGAUUGGACUGGCAAUAUGCUACGAUGUUCGUUUCCCCGAACUCGCCAUGAUUGCGGCUAGGAAAGGGGCCUUCAUGUUUGUUUAUCCCGGGGCUUUCAAUACCACGACAGGACCGAUGCACUGGUCUUUGCAAGCUCGCGCGAGAGCAAUGGAUAAUCAAAUCUAUGUCGCAAUGUGCAGUCCUGCCCGAGAUAUGGAAGCAACAUAUCAUGCAUACGGACAUUCCAUGGUUGUGAACCCAAAUGCUGAGGUUCUUACCGAGGCAGAAGAAUACGAAACUACUGUCUAUGCCGAAAUUGAUGGAGCAAAGAUUGAAGAAACAAGAAAAGGCAUUCCCAUCUACACCCAAAGAAGGUUUGAUGUCUAUCCUGAUGUGAGUGCUGGAAAGGUGCGUUAUGAGGAUGAAAGCAGUGGCAGCCAAUCCUAG